AUGAAACGGAUAGAUCUGGCUAGAUUUAAACAUAGUUCAGAAGAUCAAGGACGAUCAGAUUUCCAGUUCCAGUCACACAUACAAUGUUGGCAUGCUUCCAGAAGAUCUAGGGGAUCUUCUGGAACAGCUCCGAAGGGAGUUGGAAGUUUUGCAGGCGGAGUCGUGUACGAUGGUGCAAGUGGAAGGGAAUAUCAAUAUCGAGUGCAGUAUCUGCGACAGGGGCAGUUUAAUAUACUGAGAUGGUGGCGAAUUAACGCUUCGAAGAUGCACAAACAAGACGAUAAGUACUUCUAA